AUGAUUAAUUUAUUAAAAUUUUUAAGUAUUAUAAGUGUGGGAAAUAAAAUACUACAACAAAAUAUUGAAAAUAGUGUUUCCGCAUCAACAUGUCUACAAUCCUCUUAUGAUACCGUUCUUAAUUGUUAUCAAAAUUAUUUUUCUAAUUUCAAUUUAACAAUUGGAUCAGAAAAAAUUUUUCCAGAUUAUCAAACCUUUGUUGUUAGGAGAGCUAAACUUCAAAUAUCUUCAAAUGUUACAGAAUUUAAAAACAUUUGUAAUUUUCAAAAUAAACUUACUUCCUGUCUUGGAGAUGCUGCUAAUUGUAUAAAUCCACAAGAUUUAUUAAAAAUUGGAACUUUUAAUAAUAAUGAUAAUUAUCAUUAUGCUGGUGAUUAUGCCAUGUCCAAAUAUGAAUGUACUGAAGCAUACAAUUAUAUUUUAAAUAAUUUUAAUUGUUUAAGUAGCAUUAGUUUUCUUGGGCAUGAUAUGAUAACAAAAUGUACAAAUGAUUUAGAAAAAAAUAUUCCUACUAAAGGUGAAUGUUCGGCUUUAAAUGAUUAUACAAAUUGUUUAGAUAAUAUUUAUUUAUCUUUUUGUGGAAAUAAAGCAGCUGACUUUAGUUGUAAUAUAUUAAUGAUAACUUACAAUAUUGAAAUACCAUUCUGUAAUGGAAAAUUUUUAAAGUGCAAUCCAUUAAAAGACUAG